AACCCACCGUGACACAGGUGUCUCCGCCCCUUUAAGCCUUGUGGGCAGGUCUUCAAAAUGCUUAAAUCUUCAUUUUUUUCCCAUAAAGUCCCUAAGUGACAUCUACCCAACUUCCUGUUGCAGUCAUGUGACUCUGCCUUCAUUGUUGUGCCAGUGACCUCACUUCCAAUAUGACUGUGCACCAGGCUAAUGCAUGAGUCAGAUCUUGCUAAUUUUGGAAAGCUUGAUUUGUGUGUCAAAGUAUGGAUAAAAAGAAGCAAUACAGUCUUCAGGAUGCUCUGAAAAUCAUCACUGGAGAUGACAGUGAUUUUGAGGGAUGUGAAGAUAGCUCAGAUGAAGAUCCUGAUGACCCUGAUUAUACCCCCAACAAAAAAGAGAUUGAGACUGAAGAGUCAAGUUGCUCUAGUGAUUCAGACAGUGGCGAAUCAAGUGAUUUGGAUGAACAGCAACCAAGCGUGAACCCGAGGCAGCAAGCAACAACUGUCCAAAGAAAAGAAAAGGAAGAGAAGAAGACAUUUUCCUGGAGGCAGAAAUCUUUUGAAACACCUGAUUGCCCAUUCAAAGGAGAAGAUGCCAGUCUACCUGACACUCUCCAUACUCCUCUGGAGUAUUUCAGAAAGUUCAGAGGAUCCGUUGAUGCCAGGGUGGAGAAGGACGGAAAAGUGGCCAUUGUUAAGUGGUAUGACAACAAAUCGGUCACCUUGAUCUCAUCUUACUGUGCCAUUGACCCACAAGACAAAGCUCGACGCUGGAGCAAAUCAGACAAGGCAUUUGUGGAGGUCAGCAGGCCACACAUUGUGCAGGAGUACAACACAUUCAUGGGGGGCAUAGACCUCAUUGAUGCAUGCGUCGCAAGAACCAAGUACCACAUGAGAUCACGGAGGUGGUACCUCUACCUGUUCUGGCAAACCAUUAUGUUAGGCCUGGUCAAUGCAUGGUUCCUUUACCGCCGUGACUGCAAACUCCUUGAUGUCAGAAAGCCCCUGAAACAAAGGAACUUCCAAGCAGAGAUUGCCACGAGCCUGAUUCUCUUGCAUUCACAGAGGGGGCGCCCAGCAUUUGACAGCCCAUCUCCACCACCACUACCACGCAAGAGAGUCCGUACAGGAGUUCCAGAUGAUGUUCGAACUGACCACAUUGCACACUGGUCUGGGAAAUGUGAGAAACGAGGUCGUUGCAAACUCUGCAAGGUCAAUGCAACCACCACCUUCUGUGAGAAAUGCGACGUGCGUCUUUGCUUCACAGAGGAGCGAAAUUGCUUCAAGUCAUACCAUUUGGCCUAAGCUAAUCUGCUAAAAGGAAGUUACUGUGAAAAAACUGUUCAGAAAUGGUGCUGAUAAUGCAAUAGAAGCGUUAUUUUUCAGCAGUCCUUUUAUUUACUGUUCUCAAAAACAUGUUUUAGCAGGUUUUCUGCGUAAAUCUGUUAUUUAUUGUUCAGUUGCUCUCUAAUGCCCUAAAAAUCUGGAUUGAGAACACCAAAAUUGUUAUUAAACCUUUUGAAAAGGUAUUGUUUCUGUUUAAAUGCAAAUAAAUGCAAAUGUUGGUUAUUAAGCAACAAAAGUUUGUAUCUCAUUCAUUUUCAAAUGAAGAAAAAAAAUCACAGUAAACACCCAAUGUGACAAAUUUGUCACUUUUCAGAUUUUUGACACAAGGGGGUGCUAUUGAAAAAAAAAGUUUAGAAAUGUGUUAUUUGUGGUCCAUUUGGUCUGUUCUGUAACACACAUAAUUUUCCUGAAAGGGGAAAUGGGUGUGGGUU